AUAUGCUUGGAUUUCUGGUUUCAUCGGCGCCAUGCAUAAUUUGUCAUGUAUCAUCGCUAUUUGUUUUGAUUGUGAAGUCUUGAACCUAUUUAUGACACCAAAGUUGACACCGAAGCGAAAUGGUUAAUGAGUUUAUGCUGUUUGCUAUUCGAUCUCGGCCGCAGAUCGCAGAUGCUGUGGGAUCGUGCCAUUUUGGAGCGAGCUAGGGGCGUGCUAGCCACCUAGGUAUCUAGUCAGUUCAUUGAUCUUGGCAGGUGUAUCUGUAUCUAUCGGUCGCCGCUUUCGGUUUCUAUUUCCAUAGAAACGCCUGUUAUUUGGGCAAACAAUUGGGGAUUUUUCUGCUUUUGUUUUUAUUGCGAGAAUUCGCUAAACGAUUUAUGUACCGAUAAGUGAGCCCAGAUUGUGCGUUUGAUUUAUGGGUCGCCCCCAACUGAACGUGAUCUUCGUGGUGCGGCCAUGAUCGCUGAAAAUCGGUCAAAGGAGAAUUUUGGGUGCGACCACGCUCUGGAUUCGUCGACUUCUCACCAAUUUCCGGGCAGAUUUCGAGUGCGGAAGUGAAUUUCACCUGGGCAAAGACAAUAAUCUUCGCGGAAGAGCUGCUGCGCAGCGCUGCCCUCGGGAUGACCCUGCUGUUCUUCGGGUCACUGGUCCUCAUCGCGGACCCACUCCAAAGCAUCCUGGACGCGCAAUUGAGCUUAAAACCGGGCGCCCUGCUCCACCGACUGUGGCUAUCGCCACCGCUGGAUGUGUAUAUUAAUGUGUACAUGUUCAACUACACCAAUGUCGAUGAGUUCACGGCGGGCAGGGCAUCCAAGUUGCAGCUCCAGGAAGUGGGACCUUACGUUUACAAGGAGGUUUUGAGCAACCACAACGUCACCUACAACGAGCCCAACAAUACCAUCACUUUUGUACCAAAACGGGAGUAUGUCUUUGCACCGGAACGAUCUGUGGGCGAUCCCAAGGUCGACCGCAUCCGGGCACCUAACAUUCCGCUGAUGGGAGUGACCACACUGGCCUCCAGUCUAUCGAUGUUCGCCGCUUUGGGACUCAGUGCCAUUACCAGGCAGCUGGACUCGCAGCCCAUGCUGGAGAUGAGUGUCCACGACUACAUGUGGGGCUACGAGGAUCACCUGGUGGAACUGGCAUCUCGGUUCGUGCCCAACUGGAUUGACUUCAAGAGCUUCGGCAUAAUGGAGAAGCUCUUCCGGGAGGGAAAUGAGAGCAAUGUGUUCAACAUGAACCUGCCGGAGCCCAAGGACAAGUAUGGAGUGAGGGUAACUGAUGCUCCCCGAGGCUACACCGUGGACAGCGUUAAUGGAGAACGUGGAUUCAAGGGUUGGGACUACAACCAGGAGACCAAUGGAACCAUGUGCAAUCGCAUCUGGGGCAGCCAUGAUGCCACUCUCUUCCCGCUGGACAUGGAUGAGAACGACGUGUUCUUCCUGUACAGGCGAACCUUCUGCCGUCGACUCCCCGUGAAGUUCAAUCGCACCACCAGGUACAAUGGUCUCGAUGCCUACGAGUUCGUGAUGGAGCCGGACUCCUUCGAUAGCGACGUGGACAACACCAACUCCUCGUGCUACUGCAAAAACAACCGUUGCCUUAAGAAGGGAGUGGGAAGCGUGUCACCCUGUUACUACAACAUUCCUCUAGCGAUUACGUAUCCGCAUUUCAUGCAUGCCGAUCCCAGUCUACUGGAGCCAUUCGAAGGCCUUCAGCCCGAUGAAGCGCGUUUCACAUCUACCUUCGUCGUGCAACCGCAACUGGGAGCUCCGAUGCAGGGCACUCACCUGCGGUUGCAAGCCAACCAGGUGGUGGGCAAGGUGAACUUCAACCGGAUGAUGUCGCCCUUCGAGAACAUGGUCCUGCCCCUGCUCUGGGUGGACCUGAACAUCGAUGUCCUGUGCCUGAGCCUGCGCCUGCUCAUCCAUGGCAUCAAGUGGGGCUUCCCGCUGCUGCAGUGGAGCGCUGCCUUGGGAAUGCUGCUGGCCGGCGUUUACCAGCUGUGCAGCGCCCUGAUGCUCUGCAUUUGGCCACCAACCAAGCAGUUCCAGAAGGUCGACCAGAUUGAGCGGGGCACGGCGAUUCAGGUGAUCAAUGCUGGACUUAGUUUGGCCACUGGGCUGAGGAAAUCCUCCCUUCAGCUGGAUCCGGAGGAGCAGCUCAAUCUGCUCUUCGGCGGCGGCACCAUCAUUCCUAAGUUGGCCAAGGCGUAACCCAGGAUCGGAAUGCUUACCUCAACUCAAGAAGGGGCAACACUGUGAUAUUUAGGCUUAAGAUUCGGUGUAAAUUAUUGUGCUCAUCGGAAACAACUUAGGGAACGUCCUUGCCUACGUACUAGUUAACAAUAACUAUAAGCUAGGGCUAAAGUUAGAGUGGUAACAGUAAGCAAUGUACAGCUGAGCUUGCACUCGAUAAAUACAGGUCGAUAGCUAUCUAA